AAUGGAAAAACAAAGAGCGGGUGCUUAUUUUCUCUUCUAGAGGAAUAAAUUUCAGAACAAGACAUCUAAUGCAAGACUUGAGAACAUUGAUGCCCCACUCUAAAGCAGACACUAAAAUGGACCGGAAGGACAAACUGUUUGUAAUUAAUGAGAUUUGUGAAAUAAAAAACUGCAACAAGUGCAUAUUUUUUGAAGCCAAAAAGAAGCAGGAUCUCUACGUGUGGUUUUCAAAUUCACCUCAAGGACCAUCAGCCAAGUUUUUAGUACAGAACAUUCAUACCCUGGCAGAGCUGAAGAUGACUGGAAACUGCCUAAGAGGCUCAAGGCCUCUUCUGUCCUUUGAUCCGGUGUUUGAUCAGGAGCCACACUAUGCUCUAUUAAAAGAGUUGUUUACUCAGAUUUUUAGUACACCACAAUACCAUCCCAAAAGCCAGCCUUUCGUAGAUCAUGUAUUCACAUUCUCUAUCACAGACAACAGGAUUUGGUUUCGGAACUAUCAGAUCAUAGAAGAAGAUGCAGCUCUUGUAGAAAUUGGACCUCGUUUUGUCUUAAAUCUCAUAAAGAUUUUCCAGGGCAGCUUUGGCGGACCAACUCUGUAUGAGAAUCCACAUUACCAGUCUCCAAACAUGCAUCGGCGGUUGACAAGAUUGGCUGUAGCUGCUAGAUUUAGGGAAAAACAGCAAAUGAAAAACCUACAGAAACUAAGGAAAAAAGAAGAAAAGACAGUUAUUCCAGUCGAUCCUACUGAAAAUGUCUUUGAAACUCCAUCAGAAGAAAAGCCAUUGGAAAUUGAGUUGGUUAAACCAGAGCUAAAAGUAAAUUUGAAAAAGAGAAAGAAAUUAUUUCAAAGACAAAGGAAGGGGCAAAAAAAACUUUCCAGGGUGGGAGUGUAAAGUGUUUUAAAUAGGAAAAAAAUAAGCAAACUUCAAAAAGUCAUCCUAGUCUGUAUGCUUAUGUCUUUAGCUAUAAUAGCUCUUUUUUUUUUUAAGCCAGCACCUGCUUGCCACCAACUUUGAGUACAUGAAAAAUCAGAUUUUUGUUCUGCUCUAGGACUCAACUUGUCUCAAACUGUUUGUUUUUUAAAUAAAAUGUGUUGGUA